AAGAAAAGGUGGGACUUCCGAAUCUCGCAGCCAAUGUACCUGCGAAAAUUAGCCAGUUACGCAGCCCUUUCUGUCACGUGCCACUUAGAGCCAAUGAGUGUGUAGAACCAAGGGCCCACGUGUCUCCGUUCCCAUUGGCAACCCGCGGCUUCUAAACAACCUACUUUCCUCAGGCCCCAGGCGCCGGCCUCCCUGUUUCCUGUCUGGUCCCGCCACCGCCAUGGCAGAGUUGGGCCUAAAUGAGCACCAUCAAAAUGAGGUCAUUAAUUACAUGCGUUUUGCUCGUUCAAAAAGAGGCUUGAGGCUUAAAACGGUAGAUUCCUGCUUUCAAGACCUCAAGGACAGCAGGCUGGUGGAGGAGACUUUCACCGUGGAUGAGGUUUCAGACGUCCUAAAUGGGCUGCAGGCUGUGGUACACAGUGAGGUGGAAUCCGAGCUCAUCAACACAGCCCACACCAAUGUCCUGCUUCUGCGGCAGCUGUUCUCGCAGGCUGAGAAGUGGUAUCUAAAGCUACAGACAGACGUCUCCGAACUGGAGAACAGAGAAUUAUUAGAACAAGUUGCUGAAUUUGAAAAGGCAGAAUUUACAUCUUCAAAUAAAAAGCCCAUCAUAGAUCUCACAAAGCCUAAACUUGUUCCAAUUAAUGAAGGUGGGACGACGGAGCUCCUAAACAAGGAAAUUUUAAGACUUCAACAAGAGAAUGAGAAACUAAAGUCAAGGCUGAAGACCAUUGAAGUCCAGGCUGUGAAUGCUCUGGAUGAGAAGUCAAAACUGGAAAGAGUACUUCAAGAUUUACAGCUCGAUCAAGGAAAUCAACAGGAUUUUAUCAAGGCCCAAGACUUGGAUGACUUGGAAAACACAGUUGCAGCUCUUAAGAGUGAAUUUCAGAAGACACUUAAUGACAAGACAGAAAACCAGAAGUCUUUGGAGGAGAACCUAGCAGCAGCCAAACAUGACCUCCUCAGAGUACAGGAGCAGCUGAGCAUGGCUGAAAAGGAAUUAGAGAAGAAAUUUCAACAAACAGCAGCUUAUCGAAACAUGAAAGAGAUUCUCACCAAAAAAAAUGAUCAAAUCAAAGACCUACGGAAAAGACUGGCAAAAUAUGAAUCUGAAGAUUAAAGACUGGAGGUUUUGUCUAGAACCUGCCACACAUGAACAUCCACGUUAUCUCCAUCCACCUCAGGCAUGUAUUUUGAAGCAUUUUGUCAUAUUCUCUUCUUUUUCCAAUGUUUAGGCUUUCCUUGACAGUUCUAAUGUCAUUCUUAUCUUCAGUUCUGUAAUUGCAAAGAGAAAAAAAUGUAAAGAUUCUUUUCUGUUGUCCCAAACACCUCUCCGUCAGAUGAUCCAGAGCCUCCAUGCAAGUGCAGUGAGAUUUCUGUAUGGUAGAAAGCAGUGUGGAGUGGCAAGAAGAGCCGUCCUUCCGCACUAGGGAGGGAACCUUUUAAUGUUAGAGAAGCUGGUAACAUCUAUACUUAGUCCCUAAAUGUAAAGAUAAAUAGUAAAGUUAUUAACAUUUACAAAUAAACCUUUUAUUUUUAAUAAUGAAAUCUUAAUUAAUUUAUCUGAUCAUCAAAAUGUAUAAACUCAUGGAAAAUAUGUUUACUUUCCAUUCUUGUCAACAUUUCUAAUCAAUUAUAAGGGAGAGUAAGCUGAAGUGACUGAAGACUCAGUUAACUUUUGCAUCUCUCCAUCGUGAGUGCUGCUUAUCCUAAGAGAUGCAAACACUUCUGCAUCCUUACUUUCCAUGGGUCUGUGUUAUGGAUGGAGAAGUCAGAUUCAUCCUAUAGUUUCACAUUUUAAAAAGCAGAUGGACUCAGAGUACAUAUAAUCUUUAGAAUUAUUUGCAGAAUAUCCUUUUAGCUUAUAUGUGAAUUAGAAUUCUUUCAAACUUUGACUCAACAUAAAGCCAUUGACUAAGUUCCAGGUUUGUGUAUAUAUAGAGAGAAGUGGCAUUUUCAAGAGACUUUAAUGUUUUUAUUGGUAUACUUUUCCCCGGGUGAUCAUAUGUAAAGUAUCGGAAACAGGACAUGAUGCCCACCAUGUGUGGUGCAGUGAUGUGGUAUGAGAGUAAGUAAAGCUCACAAGGCAGUUAAACCUCAGAAAGAAAGCAUUCACCUUUCACAUGCUAACAUGGAGGAAGUUUUCUGUUUCUCAAAGCAGACAUGUCACAUCCUGUGUGAACAAUCUGAGGCUUUUCCAUCUCCACCAAUAGGGAAUUUAUUCCCAGAAAAGAGUACACUGAUCAGAGCUCACAUCUUUGUAAUUCUUACUCAAACACUUAGUAUUAGCUUUAACUAUACUGUGGGAUUCUUGUAGCUUUGUUAAAUACUAAAGGAACAAAUAAUAUUGAAGUGAUUUGUCCCAAAAAAAAAAAAAAAAAAGCUGGGAAGGCAAUCUUAGCAUGAUGAAUGAAUCGGAAAAGGAAAAGAAAAAUAUAUAAUAACGAAGCAACAUUUGUUACACAUUUUUAUCAUCCAUUUGAGGUUGGACCGCUCCUCAGUUUCAUGUAGGGCUUGCGUUGAGGACUACAGUUUCACCCUGUGUUUCUUUAGCCCAACAUAAUUCCCUCUCUAAAAUUCCAUUUGUGGACCAGGAUGUUCUGAAUAAAUCAGAAACCAAACCUUGUAAUUAAUGGAAAAUGUGUCUUUGAGAAAUGGUUUAGUUGUGUUCUCCCUACACCUUUCUCAGCUGAAUGUCGGGAAGAAAAGACUUGGUAAGUCACUGUAAUACGUUGCUGGGUAGAAUUUUUAUUUGUUUUGUUGGUGGUGGCUUUGAAAUAUUCUGUGUAGUGUAUUCUACUUGUUGAAUAAUAAAUUCAAAAGUAUUUCUGAAACCUUAAAAACUGUUAAGCAGUAAGAUAAACAAAAGGGUUGUGUAAUCAUUGUGACGCCUGUCUUUUAUGGCAUUUACUGCAUAAUCACUGUGCGCCUGUCUCUGUCUCAUAGCACUGAUUCUGCCUUUCUCACUGUUCUGCUUUGUUUUUAAACUCAAACCUCAGCAAAAUUACAUUUAGUUUCCCAGUUUUAAGAUCUACUGAAUCAUUUAACUGAAAAAGCCUGCUUAGUCUAUAUAUUUUGACUCUCUAGGAAACUAGUUUGAGCUUUAAGUGAGCUGAUAGUGUACAGGUAACUGUGGACAGUCUGCUAGUAAACCAUCUUAACGAAACUCCUGGCCAGGGUGCAGCACUUAACCUACUAUGCACAGGGCUGAGCCCACACAAUAGAAUAAAAACAAAACUGAAUAAGAUGCAGCUUUGAUAUAACUUUAAAUUGAAGCCUCUGAAGUUAUGAUUGAGAUAUUUUGUUCACAAAAAUAAAAUGCAAAGGGUUUUGUUAUUAAUGUCUUCAAUUUUUUUAUUAAUAUCUUCAAUUUAGAUGGUUAUUCUCAUCUUACAUGUGUAUCUGUCUGUGUUGGAUAUGUAUUUAAUCAUUUGUUUAUGUCUUAUAAGUCUGAUUAAAUAGAAUAUUUUGCUCUCUUAAAUGUGUAAUCAUAUUUGAUAAAGCCUUUACUAUCAUUUCCACUUUAAUAAGCUGAAUGAGAUUCCUAUAUAUCUUUGUAUUUUAAAUGCUUGCAUUUUUAAUA